AUGCUGCUAACGCUUGCUGAUUGUGCUGCUAAGGUUUUAGGACAGGUGCCUGUUUCCACAGUUGAAGCCCAGCAGGAGCUCCAGAGUGUGAAGAUCCUGACGUACCGAGAGCCUCAGAACCCCGAGUACCAGGAGUUUGUCCAGAACCUGAAGGCAGAUGCCAAGGACAUGUUCAACUACACCAUAGAGGACUCACUGAUGAACAUCAUUGCUGGAGGCUUUUAUGACGGCCUGAUGCUCUACGCUCACGCUUUGAACGAGUCCAUGUUGGCGUCCAACGAGCGUCCGAACGGGAAGGACGUGACCCCGAGGAUGUGGAACCGAACCUUCCCCGGUGUGACAGGGCUGCUCCACCUGGAUGACAGCGGGGACCGAGAGACCGACUUUGCUCUGUGGGACAUUGUAGACACCAACAGCACCACCUUCCAGAUCGCUAUGGUGUACAGCACCACUGAGGAGCAUCUGACCGCCAUACCUGGAACACACCUGUACUGGCUGGGCGGAGCCCCUCCCCCUGAUUUUCCUGUCUGUGGCUUCAAGAACGACAACCAAGUCUGUCUCGCAAAGACCAUCACCAUCUACCAGAUGGUCUCCAUCGUGGUCAUCUUCUUCUUCAUCUUGAUCCUGACCAUCGCCAUCUUCAUCUACAGGAGGAUGAAGCUGGAGAAGGAGCUGGUAGCUCAGCUCUGGAGGAUCUCCUGGGACGACAUCCAGAUGAGCGACCUGAACAAGGUGCUGCGGAGCGGCAGCAAGCUCACACUGUCACUGAGAGGCUCAAACUAUGGCUCCCUGAUGACCGGAGACGGGAAUCUGCAGAUCUUUGCAAAGACCGGAUACCACAAGGUGUCAUCUUCCUCAGCCUCCUCACCCUCAUCUUCCUCAGCCUCCUCACCCUCCUCAUCUUCCUCAACCUCCUCGCCCUCCUCAUCCUCCUCGCCCCCCUCAACCUCCUCGCCCUCCUCAUCUUCCUCGCCCUCCUCACCCCCUCGUUUCGAUCUUAAGCUCAGCUCCUGA